AAUUAGAGAAAGCCUGCAUGCAGCAAUGAAGACCCUGGUGCAGCCAAUAAAUAAAUCUAAAAAAAAAUAGUGGCUGGGAAUUCUUCAGAUUCAAGAGACCCAAAUAAGCCUAACAGGAUAAACAAAAGAUAACCAUACCUGGAAACAUCAUUGUGAAAUUUGAAAAAAGCAGAAUUUUUUUUAAAGAAAAGUCAUAGAAAAAAGACUUCAUCUUUAAACACAUGACAGGCUGAAAGCUAUGUUCCAUGUUGACAACUUCUCAACAGUAGCAAUGGAAAUUUUUAAAAAGUAAACUACCUUCAAAGUGCUAAAAGAUAUAGCAAACCUUCCUGCCUAAAUAGUCUUUGCUUGUCAUCAAAUGAGGGAAUCAAGUCAACUGGAUGUCAGUUGAUUUUAAAUUAAUCAAGAUCAUGGGAAAGAAGUGGGGUAAAGCUAGUUUUCAAAUACAACUUCUUAUAGUUUUCCUCUGUCUGUCCCUUACUACAGUCUUAAGUCCAGGAAUUUGACUUACUGUCUAGCCUUCUUCAUCUCUAGUGACAUUCAAUUCUUCCCUAGUCUAGCAGAUCUAUAUAACCAUGACCACUUCUAAAGAGAGUAGUCUUAAGAAAAAAAAAAGAGAGUAGUCUUUUAGAGCUGCAUCUCUAAAAUCAUAAAUUCAAACAUACUUCUCUUAAUUUACAACUUAAAUUAUUUCUCUAAGGGCUUCAGUCACCAUUCAGAUCAAUAAGUCCCAAAUUUUCUCUGCAGCCCAAACCUCCUUCCUCAUUUUAUAUAAUGUAAGAUCAUUUAUGUAAUAAUUUAUAUGGAUGCUCUAUGGACACUUUAAACUCAACACGUUUUACAUCAAAAUUUUCCCUUCAUCAAAACUAAGUGUUUUCUCUAGCUCUAUACAUAUGACUUCUGGUCUUCCUGUGUUCACUCUAUCAGUUAACAGAACUAAGAGUCACCCAGUUCCCUAAGCCUGAAAAAAAAGUACAUUUACUUUUACUUGUUUUUAUUCUACUCUGUUUAAUCACCACAUACUGCAUAUUUUAUCUUUAUUAUCCUAAUAUAACUCUAUAAGUGCAUUUGUAGAUGCACUUCUUAACUGUAUUAAUGCAAUAACUUCUAAUCUGUCCCUUGCCUUUAGUCUUACUCCUCUCUGAUUUAUCAUCAAUUCUGAAACAAGAUCAUCUUUUAAAAAAUAAAACUGGGUCAUGUCACUUUUCUAUUUACAACCUUUCAAUAAUCUGACAUUUCUAUUUAUGUAGAGUCCAAAUACCUUGGCAUGUGUUACAAAAUUAUUUGUUGAUCUUUCUAUGUGUUACAAAAUUAUUUGUUGAUCUUUCUAAUCUCACCAUUUCUCUCUUCUUGCUCUAUGACUCAGCCAUACUGAUCCUAUUUCAGUUCUUCCAAAACACUUCUUUCAUUUUGGAUCUGUACAACCAUGUUUUUAGUUUGUUGGAAACUUUAGCCCAUGUCCAGUUUUUAUUUGGAUUACUCAUACUCAUUUUUCAUGUAUCAAACCAGAAUUUACUUUUUCCAGAAAAGUCUUUCCUGUACUUCCAAAUUCUGGUUAGGUGACCCUAUGCUCUUAUACAAGCAUGAACUUUUGCUUAUCAUGGCAUUCAUUAUGCUCUAUUUUAAAUGUGUGAUCACUUUUCUGCCUCCAUCUUUCAGGACGGAAACUAUGUCUGUUUCCCAUCCUACCCCUAACACUAAUCACUGUGCCUAGCACAAAGUGUAUGUUCAAUAAAUAUUUGCCAAACAAAUUAAUGAAUGGAGGAAUAAAAUAUGUAGAAUUAUAUCUCUGAAAGGCUUGGGUGUACAAAACAGAAUUCAGUUCCACAACUAAACUGGGCUCCAGUUCGUUCAACUUUAAAAAUGUUGACAGAAACUGGACAUAUCUUACAUUAUUCAAUACUGAUGAGCAUUUACUUUCUACUGCUGCCAGGAAGGUCACUUACGGAGUAUUCCUAAAUAAACAGUACCUUUUACCCAGCCAGUAUUGUCCAGCCUCCCCUGAAAAACUGUUUUCAUAUACCAGGUUCAGUUUCCAGUGCAUGCCUUUAUCCUUAUCAUUUUUUUGAAGUGUAUUUGCUGAUACCUAGAGAAGACUAAGAUCUCUGGUCCCAUUUCCAAUUUUCCUCAGAAACUCUUGCUCACUAAGUCAAUUACAUAAAAGAGUCCUCUUAACUAUUUUUAGUUGUUUUAUAUAUUGUCUUCAGAGGGAGCAUAAAUUAUCUAAGCUUGGGAUGAUAUCUUAAAUACACUUUUUAUAUCCACUACAGCUCUAGAGAUGGUAGUCUAUUAUGUUAAAGACGUAAAAGUAACAGCAUCACAUAGGACAAAGAAAAAACUCAGAAAAGAAAUAUAGGUGAAAUAUAAGAAUACAGGAGAAAAUACCUUGUGCACCAUCAACAAACACAGGAUAAAUUAAUAUUUUGUCUCAAACCUACUUAACUAUAUUUAAAACCUGAGAAUCUGCAGAGUCGCGUGGUGGCGCUGCAGGAUAACAUUGGGAAAUAUUUGUACCAUUAGACGCUCUGGUUUCCGUGAACCUUUGGAACUGGGAGUGCCGGAGAAUCAGUGGUGAUUAAAAGAGGCUUUCAAGAGAAAGCUAGGGAGCCAAAAACUCCUUUGCCACAGAACUGCAAGUCUACAGGCUCCCAAAGGUUCAUGCUGAUAAGAGAAGCUGUUUGAGAGUGCAUUGAAAUAUUUCCGCAGAAAGGCAUUUGACUAGGGAGCCAUGGAGCUAGGAAAAGGAAACCCUCAGCAGAUAAGGCAAGUGCUGCUUUUCUUUGUUUUCCUGGGAGGGUCUUUGGUGUGUUCAGAGACCUGGCGCUAUUCUGUAGCAGAGGAAACGGAGAUCGGCUCCUUUAUAGGCAACGUGGUGAAAGACAUAGGUUUGGGUGUGGAAGACCUGUCUGCACGGGGGGCCAGAGUCAUCUUUGACGAUUAUAAACCACACUUGCGGCUGGAUCUGCAGACUGGCAACUUGCUCUUAAAUGAGCAACCGGACCGGGAGGCACUUUGCGAUCUUACCGAGCCGUGUAUAUUGCAUUUCCAGGUAUUACUUGAAAAUCCUUUGCAAUUUUUUCGAGCUGAGUUUUGGGUUGAAGACAUAAAUGAUCACACUCCCACGUUCACAGACAAACAUAUAUUUCUGAAAAUCUCAGAAAGCACUGCUCCAGGAACCUCGUUCCAAAUGGAUAGCGCUCAGGACUUGGACGUAGGAAAGAAUGGUGUCCAAAACUACACGUUAAAUCCCAAUCCUCAUUUCCACCUUAAACUGCAAGACAGUGAGGAGGGUACAAAAUACCCAGAGCUGUUACUGGACCAACCUCUGGAUCGAGAAAAGGAGCCUGAGCUUAGAUUAACGCUAACAGCCCUGGAUGGCGGGUCUCCACCGAGGUCUGGAACUGCACUGGUGCGUGUGUUGGUCUUAGAUAUCAAUGACAAUGCCCCACAGUUUGAGAGAUCCGUCUAUGAGGUUCCGAUACCAGAAAACAGCCCUCUGGACUUCUUGGUCGUCAAGGUAUCUGCUACAGAUUUAGAUGCAGGAAUAAAUGGAGAACUAUCUUACUCAUUUUCCCACGUUUCCAGAGACAUACAGAAGACAUUUGAAAUCCAUCCAAUUUCUGGUGAAGCGUUAAAGGCGUUUCUGGAUUUUGAAUUAGUUCAGUCUUACACAAUAAAUAUUCAGGCCAUUGACGGUGGGAGCCUUUCAGGAAAAUCAGUAAUUUUAGUUAGUGUUGUAGAUGUGAAUGACAACCCACCAGAAGUAGUCGUAACAUCUCUUAUCAGCCCCAUACCAGAAAAUUCAUCGCCUGAAAUGGUGGUCGCGGUUUUUAGCCUCCGAGACCCAGACUCUGGCGACAACGGGAGGAUGGUUUGCUCAAUUCAGGACAACCUUCCGUUUCUCUUGAAGCCUAAUUUCAAAAACUUCUACACCUUGGAAACAGAGAGCCCACUGGACAGAGAGAGCAAAGCUGAGUACAACAUCACCAUCACCGUCACUGACAUGGGAACCCCCAGACUGAAAACCGAGCACAACAUAACCGUGCUGGUGUCCGACGUCAACGACAACGCCCCCGCCUUCACCCAGACCUCCUACACCCUGUGGGUCCGCGAGAACAACAGCCCCGCCCUGCACAUCGGCAGCGUCAGCGCCACAGACACAGACGCGGGCGCCAACGCCCAGGUCACCUACUCGCUGCUGCCGCCGCCCGACCCACACGUAGCCCUCGCCUCCCUCGUGUCCAUCAACCCCGACAACGGCCACCUCUUCGCCCUCACGUCCCUGGACUACGAGGCCCUGCGGGCCUUCGAGUUCCGCGUGGGCGCCGCCGACCGCGGCUCGCCCGCGCUCAGCAGCCAGGCGCUGGUGCGCGUGCUCGUGGAGGACGCCAACGACAACGCGCCCUUCGUGCUCUACCCGCUGCAGAACGCCUCGGCGCCCUGCACCGAGCUGGUGCCCAGGGCGGCCGAGCCCGGCUACCUGGUGACCAAGGUGGUGGCGGUGGACGGCGACGCGGGCCAGAACGCCUGGCUGUCGUACCAGCUGCUCAAGGCCACGGAGCCCGGGCUGUUCGGCGUGUGGGCGCACAACGGCGAGGUGCGCACGGCGCGGCUGCUGAGCGAGCGCGACGCGCCCAAGCAGCGGCUGGUGGUGCUGGUCAAGGACAACGGCGAGCCGCCGCUGUCGGCCAGCGUCACGCUGCACGUGCUGCUGGUGGACGGCUUCUCGCAGCCCUACCUGCCGCCCCCGGAAGCGGAAGCGGCGGCCGCGGCGCCGGCCGACCCGCUCACCGUCUACCUGGUGGUGGCCUUGGCGUCGGUGUCGUCGCUCUUCCUCUUCUCGGUGCUGGUGUUCGUGGCGGUGCGGCUGUGCAGGAGGGGCGGGGCGGGCUCGGCGGGUCGCUGCCGGGUGCCCGAGGGCCACUUCCCGGGCCACCUGGUGGACGUCAGCGGCACGGGGACCCUGUCGCAGAGCUACCAGUAUGAGGUGUGUCUGACGGGAGGAACUGGGACCAGAGAGUUCAAGGUUCUGAAGUCUGUUGCCUCCAAUCAUCGGGGGUCCGUGAUUAAUGUAGAAGAAAACUCAGACUUUCUAAAUGGUUUUGGAUUCAAUUAGGAAUUUAUCAGUUUAUUGGAGUUGAAAGUUUUCUCAAAAUAUACUGUUCCCAUUAGCUUUUAGAUCCAUAUAGAAUUUUUUUUUCUGAUUUCAUUUUCCUAGUUAAGAAGGUUAGCAAUUUUUCUUAAUGUAUAGUCAUAUGUAUGCUCUUUAUUCUAUUUUGAUGGAAAGAUCUUUCAACUUCAUUACUGGAAAGUCACAAACAUUUGUUCAAUUUUUCAACUUUUUGUCAUCAAACACUAUUGAUUUGAAGAUGACCCCAGACGCAUUCUGUUUGUUGUUCAAAUACUGCUUCCUAAAAAAAAAAAAAAAAACUGCUUCCUAAUUUUUUGAUACUGUGGUUAUGUAGGAGAUGGGCAUCAUAAAAUAUAAUGAAUUAUUAGUAUAUCUUCUAUUGAAUCAUAUUAUGCCUACCUGUCUUAAAUUUUUAAAUGGAGAAAUGUCUGCAAAAUGCAUGUUUUUGUUUCACAAUUGUAUUAAAUGGAAGAGACUACAAUUUCUCCUAUACUUAGACUUUUGCUCUCUUUACAUCAACCUUCUGUAUAUAACAUGUUACUGAAAUACUAGAUUAUUUAAAAAUAUUUAAAUAAUAGGUCCCUUUUGUGUCUAUCUAUCCCACCCUACCUUUUUCAGAAAACAACUCUCUUCAGCCAUAAACAUGCAGCCAUGUUUAUUUUAUAUGACUUAUCUCCCUCUGUGAUUUCAGAUAAUCAGACAAGGUGGUAGACAUCGCUGAUACAAGCUUGACCAAUCUCAUUUUCUCUGCUUUAAAAAAUGGCUUUAUAAACUAAUAUAAAAUAGCCCAUUAGAUACCUAACAAGAAAAUUAUAUCAUGAUGGCUAAAUACAUUAAAAAAGCACCAAAAGUCAAUCUACUUAGAUAAGAAGGAAGGAGAUGCCUAAAGAGUAACCUUUUUGUGGAUUUUUCUGAUCUCUUUCAAGUAAGAUUUCUCUAUUGAGUUUUUGGAAACAAAUAUGCAAUAUUUUAAUAAAUUUCCCUCUAAAUAACAUAGCCAAAUUGUUUUUCCCCUUGUAAAAAGCACUUUUAAGUAGUCUUGCAUGGAUUGGACCUUACUAUUGGUUUGAGAUGUUAAAAAUAGUGUUUUUCAUAUUAAUGUACUAUUUAGGAUCAAAGAUUGUGGAAUAUUAGUAGUCUCUGAGGAUCUAUAAAGAAUUGAUGGAUAUUUCCAAACUGAAUGGUCUUUGGAGUGUUUAACAGAAGUUAGAAAUUCCUAGAAAAACACUUUCUUACCUAGUAGAAUAACAGGUCCCACAGUAGAAUUUUCUGCAACCCUAUGGACUAUAGCCCGCCAGGUUCCUCUGUCCAUGGGAUUCUCCAUGCAAGAACACUGGAGUGGG